UGGAAGAAGCGUCGUCGAUCUAAACCUCUGGAGCUCCGAGCCGAGAUCAUCGCGUCCGGUUCUGGGGCAGGCGACCCGCCGACCCUAGGGUUAGGGUUGGUCCGCCGUCCGCCUCCGCCUCCGCCGGGUUGGUCCGCCGUCCGCCUCCGCCGUCCGCCUCCGCCGUCCCCUGGAGCUCGGAGCCGAGAUCUUCGCGUCCGGUGCUGGGGCAGGCGACCCGCCGACCCUAGGGUUAGGGUUGGUGUAGGAGAGCGCUCCCCUCCGCCGCUCGCCUCCGCCGUCCCCUGGAGCUCGGAGCCGAGAUCUUCGCGUUCGGUGCUGGGGCAGGCGAUCCGCCGACCCUAGGGUUUGGGUUGGAGUAGGAGAGCGGUCGCCUCUGCCGCUCACGCCCGCGCUCCGCCGCCCAACUCCUCCGCUUACUUCCGCCGCUUCGCCUCCCACUUCCACUGCUCCGGCCCUGAAGCUCGCCAUCCGGGUACGCGUAACCCGUGGCUUAUCUGGAUAAAAGGGCAAACGUUUGCUCUAAGCGAAGAAUUCAAAGUAGAGGUGGAAUAGAAAGAUGGCUAUACCAAGGGACUCCUUAGUUGAUUUCACUGUCAGUAAAAGGGGGGCCAAAUGCUGUACAAGUUUUGAUAAGCAUGUCCUUGGGAGAAAGGUGGUCAAGACAGUGACUGUACCCGGUGCCAACCCUGGAAAAGGAAAUUUAUGUGUCGAGACCAUGUUUCUGCAGCAUACCCUGAGGGCUUUGGUUUUCUUCUACUCAUCUCUACAUUUGGCUGGAUGGAGUUUCUGUGGUAAACUUACAGCAUCAGAUAUUCUUGUAACACCCUGCGGGAGUUUCCGGGUUCUUCGAUCAAAGCUUAAAUCCCUGAAACAAGCAAAUAAGAGAAAGAUCAGAAAAGAUUUCCGUUCUGCCUUCCGGCUGCUAAAGUCUCUGUUCAGGGGAGUGCCGCAAAUGCCUAGAGAAUUUAGGCAUCUUCUCAAGCUUAUGAAGAAUUUCAAGGAAGAAGAUCGCCUAGUGGUGAAUACUCACGCCGCUGGUAUGAAUGAGCAAGAUAAAAUGGGCUUAGUAGAGAGAUGCUACAGGAGGUAUGACGCCCUUGAACAACAGGAUCCUUCUGCCUAUAAGAACAUCACAGACAGGCUACCAUUCUGCAAGGUUGGGAAAAAGCAUUGGAAGAAGAGAAUCAAGAUCAACAAAUACCUCAUGCGCCAUCUGAACUACCAGAGGCCAAUAAUUAUACGUGGAAAAUUUACUGCUGGCCCAAAGACGUAUUACCCUGACACUGGCCGAGGUGUUGUGAAGUACACACGGAACUCCGUUGAACAUCUGAGCGACCAACAGGCAACAGAGCUGUCCAAAGCUGAGAAGAAAAAGAGGAAGAGGGACCGCGAGGCAGGUAUUACCGUUGAAGCAAAGAAGAACUUUGAGGACGUCCAGUGCUACCACAUGAUAGCAAAAUCUCUGCCUGGGCUCCUGUGUGAGUUCUGCAGGCUUCUUAACGAUGAGGGUUAUUUGGAAGUUUGCCUUGGCCCAACACCUACUUCGUAUAUUGAAACUGCUCUAGAUGGUUAUGAUGAUGAGAGCUCAUACAGGAAAAAGAGAAAGAAAUCUGUGUAAAUGCUGUCUGAAGAUCAAGAUUAAUUGCAAAAUCUGACACCCUUCUUGGAUCUGAAGCUGAUGUAGUCUGCUGCCCAGAAAGUUAAGUGUAGAUAAUGUAGUAACCAACUUUUUUGGAUAGCUGAAGUGAGCAGGUUUUGAAUGGUGUGGAGAUUCAUUGUUCUCACUUUUCAUGUAUUGAUAAGUCUCUGUUCGGGACUGUUCGGGACGGAGGAUUUUCCCUGUUCCAUAGGAAUGAAUCCCUUUGGGAUGUUGGGAUAAGAAAACUGUUCACCACCUGUGGUGUUUUGUAGGAAUUUCGGAGGAAACAAAACAUCCACUUGUACUGGAUGAAAAAUCUUAACGUGAAAAUUAUCCGUUGGUUUCAAA